UCCAACGUGCGCGAGCUCUUAGUCGCACCGGUGGCGCGGACCGAGCGCUUAGUCUCUGCGCGCGAGUGAGACGACCGAACGGUCCGGAGGCACGCGCUCCCUGUGUCGCGCGCCUACGAUACUUAAAUUGUGGAUUAUAUAAACUCAAAUGAUUUGCGACCAAAUGCGGAGAAAUGGGUAAACUUCACUCAAAACAUCAUGCUACAGUUUGCAAACCAAGGGAGAGCCCCGAAGGCGACAGUUUUGUAGUUAAUGCCUGUUUGACGAGAAAGGGGAUGGACGACUGCGCUCUCAAGCACAAGUACUACUGCACGAGCUCGGAGUGCGCGCGGAGGGCGGGUUGCGGCGCCUCGCGGGCUUCCACAGUGGAAGUAGGCAGAGAUGGGACCAGUGAUCAUCACUAUCGCUUGGAAGUGGCCCUGCCCCCAGAGAAGACGGACAGCUGCUGUGCUGAGGACAAGAUCCAAGGGCGAGAGGGCGCACAGCCUGGGGGUGUCCAGAAGCAACUUAAGUUUGAAGAACUUGAAUGUGCAGUCUCUGUGGAAGAAGACAACAGACAAGAGUGGACCUUUACUCUGUAUGACUUUGAUAACAAUGGCAAGGUCACCAGAGAGGACAUCACUAGUCUGCUCCAUGCCAUCUACGAAGUGGUGGAUGCAUCUGUGAAUCACUCUCCCAGCACUAGUAAGACCCUCCGAGUCAAGCUGUCGGUGGCUCCUGACUCCAGCCAGUUGAGGACCCCACUACACAGUGCAGCAGUAGACCCUCCCCACUCCAAGCACAAGUCUGACAAGAUGAUUGAAGAUCCCAAAUGCUCUGACAAGAAGUUGCGUGCCCAUCUCAGGCGUCACCACAGUGACCAGCCCACUCAGCCGGGUUGCCAGAGGUACUGCGUUGACGAGAACCUGGACCGCAGAAACCACUAUCUGGACUUGGCAGGGAUUGAGAACUAUACAUCGCGCUUCGGAUCAGGGACUGCCACUGAGCUGAGCAAAACAGAGCACCAGACUCGGUCUCGCUCCCAUGAGCCAGAGAAUGGACAUUUUCACCCCCACCACCGCCGUUCUCGCACCGUGGAAGUAGCAGCUCAUGAGGACUCAGGAAGACAUUCCCUGCACUCACCCAAAGCCCACGGCCGUCCCCCUGUAAAGAGCCGAGGUGCCUCCCCACCCCCAGUGGUCCCCAGCCACAGCAUUGGCCACCAGGCCUCAGGACCAUACCGCAGGCACAAGCAGCGGGCCAGGGAGGCUCAACCAGGACCGCGGAUACUGGGUUCAGCGCUGGAGAGGGAGCAGGUGCGUGACUUACCCAGCACGGUGCUAUACGAGGGGGGCCUGCCUCAGGUGGUGCAGAGGCACCAGCACCAUCAUCACCAUGAGCAUCACCACCAUUACCACCACUUUUACCAGUCUUGAGCAGCCCUCCCCCCCGCUGCACUCACAUGGCUUUUUCAGGACCAAGCUCAGGGUGGGUGCAAGAAGCAGGGCCUUAUUGCUGGUGCUACGAGUGUAAAUAGCCAGUUGUGUCAGGGUACUGGGGUAAAGAAGAUGGCUUGUUCCUCAGCAGCCGUAUGGAUAAGCAUUUAACUAAUAACACUAAGGCUGCUCCGCACACUGAUUUCUUUUGCGCUCUAUCAACGGACCAUAUGUGCAUGCCUGGACAAGGCUUUCCAAAGGCCAGGACCAAGGGGGCGGAGCAACUGAUAAUCCAAAUGAAGAAAUAGGGGUUUGGAGGUCAAGGGAAACCUGGGAACCUGUAAUUCCCCUUUUAAUGCCCCUAAAUACCAUUUGCAAAGCACUUUCUGGUGCAGUUGAUUUUUUUUUUAUCUUUUA